AUGACUGGUCAUGUGAUCGGUCUCAACCUUCAUUUUGGUGGGCUUCAAGGUAAUAUCCAUUCCAAUAGCAGCUUAUUCUCUCUUGGCCAUCUCAAGAGGCUAGACCUCUCUAGAAAUGAUUUCAGAGGUUCCCCAAUUUCGUCCAAAUUUGGUGGCUUUGUAAAUAUGACUCACCUUGACCUCUAUUACUCCAAUUUCAGUGGCCCAAUCCCUUCCGAAAUUUCCCACCUUUCCAACUUGGUUUCACUCAAUCUCUCCCUACGUGAUGUAAGACUAGAUACUCUUAGCUUUAACAGAAUUGUUCAAAACCUAACCAAUCUUAAGGAGCUUCAACUGAUCGGUGUUGACAUGUCUUCAGUUGUACCUGAUUCCUUCAAGAAUCUCUCUUCUUCUCUGACAACUCUUAGACUCUCUAAUUGCCACUUGCAAGGAAAAUUCCCAGAAAACAUUUUCCGCCUACCAAACCUUCGAGUACUAAGCUUAGGCUUCAACAAUAACCUCACAGGUUCUCUCCCCAAUUCUAACUGGAGCAGUCCACUCGAAACCUUGACGCUCUCUGAAACUAGAAUUUCAGUAGAUUGGCAUCGUUUGACAAGAAAUUUCAAGUUUUUGAGAGCUUUGUAUCUCAGCAAUUGCAAUUUUGUAGGAUCACAUCUUGCAUUUGUUGGUAACCUCACACAAAUCAUGCGGUUGGACCUCUCGUCUAACAGUUUUGGUGGCCAAAUCCCAUGGUCAUUCUUUUUAAACAUUGAGAGCCUCGUUUACUUGAAUCUUGUUGGCAACAAUUAUGUCGGUCAGUUUCCAGAAGUUGAUAGCAACUCGACAUUGAUCUCUUCUUUAUAUGAUUUUUCAAAACAACAACUGGUGGGUCCUAUUCCUCGACACUUAACUGAGCUCAUUUUAUAUGAUAACCAACUCAACGGAACAAUACCAUCUUGGUUAGGUAGUUUGCCAUCAUUGGAGCAGUUAUCCCUUGUAAGUAACCAACUCAGCGGUAAUAUCAUUGAGUUCCAAUCUCGUUCUUUGUCAUCGCUUCUUUUAAGCGAUAACAACCUGCAUGGCCUGAUUCCGAGAUCAAUCUUUGAACUUGAGAACCUUACAGACCUUGAUCUAUCAUCCAAUAACUUGAGUGGCACUGUGGAGUUUGAAAAUGGAAAUGUAGGAUUGUGUGGAAUUCCACUAGCAAAAACAUGUGGUCCACAUCAAUCACCGCCAUCAUCAUUCCAACAAGAUGGUGAUUUGGAGCACGAGAAUGGAUUUGAUUGGAAGGUAGUGUUGAUGGGGUAUGCAUCUGGGGUGGUAAUUGGAAUAUCAGUGGGAUAUCUUGUACUCUCUAACAGAACACCCGAUUGGCUUGUGAAAGUGGUUGGCAUAAAGUGA